AUGACCUAUAAGAUAUCAUAUGAUAUUAAACGCUCAGCUUUAAUUAUUGCAUUGAUCCUCGUUCCUAUCGUUGUUCUCGUCUUCGUUGUUGUCAUCGCUCUUGCGUGUUCCAAUUACUGGAGCAUUCAUUCCCUCAAAGAAUCGUUCCUGUGGUGCCUGUCGUGCCUGUCGUGCUUCAGUCUCUGGAAGCAGCAGAGACGCAAGACGAUCCCAUCGGACUCGGAGACUUGUCCCGUCACGCCCCAAUCGACUUUACCUCGUGCGACAGAGGCUUCAAAUAUUCGGAUUGAGUUUGAGCGCCCUGUCACCAACAGAGAGCGAUCAUGCUGCAGCUUCCCGGGUAUCCGCAAGACUGGCCUUGAUGCGAAUGCAGACCCAUUUGUCGACCAGACACCGUGCCGCCGUGUUGAUCCUCGAAGAGGAGUCAUGACUGAGAGUGGGUAUCAACUAGCGCCACAACUGCUUGUUCGAUGGAGCUCCGGGUCUUAUGGCUCUGUAGAGCCAUGUGUUUCCUCGAAGCCAGCCUCGGCUUCCGGUGCAAUGGAUCCGCCAGCAGAUUCCAUCUCAAAAGAGAAACCCAGAAUGGAUAGUGUCCGGUCUUUAUCAAACAUGCUGCACCCAGGGUCAUCCGGAUUGCUUUGUCCGUUGGAGCUUCCUGUCGCAUUUGCCACCAUGAGAUCUUACGCAGGCUGGCCGUGUAUGGGCACAGAUUCGAUGUCCGUAUGGACGCAGCAAUCUUCUGUUAGCCUUUUGACACCAAUGGUCCUGGCAUCUUCUGUGUUUGCUUCAAACUUGGUCGCUGAAAGUGACAGAACAGCCAUAGCAUGUGUUGACGGAAGUUCUAGAAAUGGGUUCAAGCUAUUGCUUCCGUUGGGGUUCCACUCAUUCGAGACGUUGAGAACUGCUCUGAAUGAAUUUUCUCUCCGCCGGUUGAAGAAGAAAACGAGAAGAUCCCCUGACGUGGGUAAUUCUAUUCGACAAGCAUCUCGACUCUUUUACCCAUCUCCCCGAGCAGCGUUUUGUCAUCUGGUAUUCAUUUCCGCGUGCCCCCCAGAAAAUCUGUCCAUAUCUGGGGUGGACAAGGCUAUUGGUAUUCAUACAAUCUCCCCUCAGCUUCGUUUUCCUCUUGGCACAGAAAACCAUCCACUUGGCUGGCACAUUUUCUAUGAUGCCGAUGCAGACGAUCCACGGUCCUGCGAAGUCCAUUUCAUGCGAAGGGUCUCCAAAGUCGUUCGGCAGCUUCGUACUGGUCUCAGCCCUGGGUCCAUGUCGGACUUGUACCUGUUCGUUGAGCAAGGUCACGGAUGCCGGUUUGAGUCGGCAAUGGAAGACUGCCAUCUGGCGCGUUUACGACCAGGAGAGACAUGGAUCUUCAAAGUGAAAAUCGGUGUGCCGAUCGAGUUUUAUCAGGAAACUCAAUUGAUUGAGCACCCCGGACUCGAAGACUUGAUCCGGCAGAUCAACUGUGUCAUAAAAGCAUAUUCUUCUGAGCCGGCUGCCCAACAUGUUCUAAGCGCCCGCCUCGAGCAUCAGCACUCUUUGCUACCUAGACCGCAUACUAUUUGCCUGGAGACCCACUGCACCAUCCCACGCACCCCGGCUGUGCCGCCCCGUCCUUCUAACGACCAUCGCCAGGUCUCAGCGCUAAUGUCGUAUGAACUCGAUGAUGAUGCUAUCAGUAUCAGUUUGGGAUCUGCAAGCGAAAUCAGUUGA